AUGCAGGCCGUCCUGGGACCGGCCAUGACCUGGCCGACUGUGCUGGGCUGCAUCGCCGCGCUCGGGCUCGCCCGACUGGCGUGGCUGAUCAUAUAUCGCCUGUACCUGCAUCCACUGUCCUCGUACCCCGGCCCGCUCCUCGGCAAAGUCACUGGCCUGUACAUGAUUGCGAUGAUGGUCGCGGGCAAGGCUACCAGUAGCCGCUACGAAUGGCACAAGAGGUACGGCCCAGUCGUGCGCACGGGGCCCGACGAGCUGUGCUUCGCCGACGAAGCCUCGAUCAAGGACAUUUACGGGCAGAGCUCCAAUCCGUGCCCCAAGGCGGCGCCCUUUUACAGCGGCAUCAGCUUGAACAUUGCCGACUCGGUCUUCACCGCCGUGGACCGCGGCGAACAUGCUCGGAUGCGGCGCCUCCUCGCCCACCAAUUCUCCGCCGCUGGAAUAAGCCAGUGCGUGGGCGAGAUCACCGACAGAGUGAAGAUGUUCUGUGAAAAGCUUCGAACUUCAGCACAACCCGUCGAUGUUCACGAUCUGACGCACGACCUAUACCUCGAUAUCAUCAGCCAGCUCAGUUUCGCCAAGUCUUUUGACCUCCUGAAGGGGAAGCACAGCGACGGUGCUCGAGACAUGGAGACGUACUUUAGCAUCGCGCCACUGUACGGCAUUUUUCCGGUGGCGAAGUACCUCCCCUUUGGCAUUUUUGCAGCGGCACAGCAAGCAAGACCACGCAUCGUGAAAUUCGUGCAGUCUUGUAUCGACGACUUUCGUGAGCGAAUCGCGUCCGAAGAAGUGGACACGGGUGGGCUUUUACGACAGAUGAUGGAGGCGCAAGACUCAGAGGUCCCAGAAGGAGACGUUCCAAAUGCUGGCGCCAACAAGUCCUUCUCGGAUGCAGAGCUCAUCGAGAAUGCCGUCUUGUUUCUCAAAGCAGGCAGCGAGACCACCGCUACGACUCUCGUCUAUCUCAUCUACGAGGUGGGCAUCAGGCCUGCCGUGUACUCCCGCCUCGUAGAAGAAGUUCGCGCCGCUUUUCCGGACAGGUCUACUUCUCCGGACCUGGAAACUGCAAUCAACUUGCCGUAUUUGAACUGCGUCAUUCAAGAAGUCCUGCGCCUGCGAGGUCCCGCAUCUGCAAUGGCGCCUCGGAUAUCACCAGGAAAGGUCAUCGCCGGCAAAUACGUACCGAAAGGUGUCGGAGUCAGCAGCCAACCCUUCUCAACUCAACGAGACCCAAAGGUCUUUCCCGAGCCUUUGGAGUUUACUCCGGACCGAUGGGAGACUCCCACUGCCGCCAUGAAGUUGAUGCAGCGGCCAUUCCUCUCGGGACCCCGCAACUGUAUCGGGAUGCAUUUCGCCCGAGCGCAGCUUGUGCUAACCGCUUGUGCUCUAUAUCAGCGCUUCGAGAUUGAGGUUGACCGCACGCGUACAACAGAUGACAUGAUGAAGCUGCGGGAUAUGGGACUCCAGAGCCCCAUGGGAAGGCAGCUUUGGAUAUCUGUGAAGACCAUAUGA